AUGUCUUCCAGUGUAGCUAAUAUAUCUGCCUGCUUUCUUGGGUCAACUCAAACUAAAAUGGGUCAAGUUAAAGAAGAACUGCUUCAGGGAAAGCACAAAGUUAUCUACAUAACUCCAGAAUUUGCUGAAAAUGCUGUUUCAUUAUUGCAAACAUUAGAUAAAAAUGUUGGAAUUGUCCUGUUUGCUAUUGAUGAAGCGCAUUGUGUUUCUCAAUGGGGGCAUGACUUUAGAAGCUCAUACCGAAACCUAGGGUCUCUGCGUAGAACCUUUAGUCAUGUUCCUUUUAUGGCUGUAACAGCAACUGCUACUCCAACUGUUUUAAACGAUAUUUGUACUUCCUUAAAUCUACGAAAUCCUGUUAAAGUAGUUUCAAGUUUUGAUAGGCCCAAUUUGUAUUUGGAAGUCAGCAUGAAGAGUAACUCAAUAACAAAUGAUUUGCUGAGAGUGAUGACUAAAAAAAAUGGCAAGCCUAGUUUUGCGGGGCCAACGAUUAUUUAUUGCCCUACUAGAAAUGCAACUAUAGAGGUUCACAAGAAGAUUCUAGAUAUGAAUGUAUCUUGUCAGAUGUAUCAUGCAGGAAUGACACCUUUACAACGCAAGACUGCUCAUCGAGAAUUUGUUCAUGACAAAGUUGAGGUUGUUGUUGCAACUGUUGCUUUUGGUAUGGGCAUUGACAAGCCUGAUGUCAGGCGUGUUAUACACUAUGGUGCACCAAAGGAUAUUGAGUCUUAUUAUCAAGAAAUAGGUAGAGCUGGCCGUGAUGGUUCUCCAAGUAUUUGCCAAGUCUUUUAUUCCAAUGGAGAUUUUGUUACUUCAAAGUUUUUCUUGAAAGAAAUUAAAAGUGAAAAGUUUCUAGCUCAUAAACAAGAUAUGAUAUCCAAAAUGCAGCAGUAUUUAAACUCAAAUCAAUGUCGAAGGAAAAUGCUUCUAUCUCAUUUUCAAGGAGAAUCUGUAACAAAUUUGAAACAAAGUGAUAAAUGCUGUGAUAAUUGUAAGAAAAAAAUCAAAAGAGCACAAAUGUCAUCUCAAAAUAGUACAUCAUCUCAAUGUAUUGCAGAUGACAAAAAAGAUUUUUCUGAAGAAGCAAAACUCUUGUUUAGU